GGCAGGAGGCAGCCAUUGGCGGAUGCUCGUUGCAACCAACGCAAAAAUUAUACCUUGAUUUUCGACCGCGCGCGUGCUGCCCGAAAUACGCGCUCGGGUAAAAGCUGACCUAAUUGAUUCGUUUCGCGCGCACGUUGACUCCGGUUUGGUGAAUUUAUGCCGUCGUGAUGGGAUAAGUGAAAUUAGUGCUAAAAAUCUGUGACUAAUCUUUCCGUGCAGCAAAUACAAAUCGUGAUUCACCCAAACCCCAAACCAGAAAAAAAACAACAAACGAAUUUGUGAAAAUUGAAAUACCCGCAUUAAACAAGAGGCGAACAUAGAUCAUGUGGCUAAGCCCCCAUUCAGCAUAAACGGGGAGGCCCGAUUGUUGUGCAUAUACACGCAGUGCAGUGUUUUUUCCGUUUUUGUUUACAUGCAGUUCUUCUAUAACGCAGCAGCAGCAGCAGUGUGCGCCAUCAUCUGACCGAGAGGAGGGGAAAUAAGAUGCGGAAAGCCGAGAAACGCGUAACUCAAUGGCAACCGAUUAAACUUGUUUUUUUUGCAAUGGCCUGUACUUUUGAAGUAAGUGAGAUAUGCCAGUAACUUUUGAGCACAUAAUUUCACGUUCAUCUUGACCGAAAAAGGCAUGCGACGCACGAUGCUGUGAGUGCAGGGGAAAACUAAAAAAGGCCCGAUAUUCAAUUGAUUGUGAGUUGAGCGCUUUUUUACUGUGGAUAUUCCAAAAAGCCUUCAGAGCUGAAGACAUUUAAUGCGAUUUGUUUAAUCAGUAUAGGAAGUGUUAUUUUUACAUCCAUUUAGCUUUGGAAGCUUUAGUGACUUAAUUCGUUCGCAUUGUGCAAUCAAAACUAUCAUGAAGAUUAUGGAUCAAGCAACACUAAAAACAUUUUUGUUGUUAAGUGUCUCGUUGCUCGUCUAACAAGGCAGUUGUCGUACGAAGCUCUUGGGAGACUGCUUAUGUAAGAACAAUGGAAAUAUCUGUUUGGACGACGACAGCGAUCCAUGAGCUAAAGCUAUAUACGAUAUACGAAGCAAAACAAUGAAACGCGUAGCUCUUUUCAUAAAAAGAAACGUUAUUAAACCAAUCGAAAAAUACAUAACCGCUGGCUGCUGAAAAAAGGUGAAUUUCGAAGCACUGUUGAAGAACAAUUGUCCUAAGGCAGGUGCUGUUCGGAAGUACGCCUUCGUUCCAGGUUAGCUUAAAGUUUGUACACCCUUCGGCGUCGUAGAGGAAUGGUUGCUCCACGGAACGGGCAGGAAACUAAUCGAAACCGCAACCGGUGGAACACAGAAGUAAACAAAAAUGAAUGCAAGCUCAGUGAAGUGUGUUGUUUGGAGAAGUACCGUUUCCCCAGAGUAGUUUGUUUUGCCAUCUAGACGAGAGUGGAAAGUGUAGCUCAAGGAGGCAGGGUAGAACAAGCAACUGAAUAUUUAAAUUUUUCUUGAACAGCAACCAACCACUUACUUGCUCGAAUUUGUAUUACAAUUGUUGGAAAAAGUAUUAUCGCAUUUGCUGUGCUACCCCCAGCAAGAGGUUGGGCAAAAAAAGGUUCUCUAUAUUGAAUAAAAAAAUAUAUUAAGAUAUAGAGAAAACAAUCCCAUGUGGUGCUGCAUAGCCAAUCUCGUAUCGUUAGAUAUUAUGUAGUUUAUUAUAAUACUUUAGUGUAGGUAUGUGUGUUUUAGAAAUGUGUUUCAUGGAUUUUGUUUAUCGAAGUGCUGAAGAACAAGUUACAUAAAUAGGGCAUAGCUCCAACUUCGAUGUUAUUCUGCGUGUCUUUCGUGCUUUCUCGACGGUAUACCUGCUAACCUGCAACUCCCUUUGAACAACUAUAGAAAAUACAGAAUAAGUAUUAAAAAAAGACACACAAGCGCACAAGCUGCCAUUCGCCACCGAUUCGACCGUCAUCUUGCAUGGGACCGAGUUUCGAUAGUAGCAGCAGUAACAGCAGCAGCCUGAACUUGAACUUCAUCAUGUCGAAACCUGAAUUACUGCAGUAAAUUAGCAGAACAUCAAACGCUUCCCUAGACAGCCGCUUGGUUGAAGAAGCAGGUAGCAGUGCUUAGUUGCAGCAAACAAAAGUGAAACGAUAUAUGAACAGCAAACCGCCAUCGGUGUUGAAACACGAGAAAACUUAAAUUGAGGUAAAUUCGUUGGUUGCACUGUACCGACGACUGGCGGAUGGACGCCAGAGCGGUGGGGUUGAAACAUAAACAAUUCAAGAGUGGCCACGAAUGUGAAAUUUGCGUCAAUCAUCGCAACGAAAGAAAAAAAUUAACCGCUUUCAUCAGUUGCUUCUUCACUCGUGAAUCCAACCAUACGAGAGCUUAUCCAAAACAACACUGGUACGAACAGAGUGCUUUGGCCUAACCUAUAGCAUCGGAAACCGUUCGGGUCGAGAUCAGUAGAACCUCUCCGCCACGGUAAAGUCGAUAAACAUACCAACACAACAGUACGCAGGCGGCCAGCCAGAACCCGAACGACUGUGUGUAUGCAGAAUAAUCCGACUAGACCGUGCGAGUAAAAGAAAAAAAAAAUACCGACCGGGCGUCUUCGGGUGUCGGUAAAAUCCGUCGUGCCCGCACUUUGCUUGCACGCACACACCCACAGACGGAGAGCACGCGGAAGAACGACGAAAAUUUGCCAACAUCCAGUUAGCAGUCAGUUAGUCGACGCUUGGCAAGGUAUCGGUGCUGAUUCAUUGUUUCAUUCAUCAGAAGACGGCCGCGCGGCGAGCAAGUGUUUUCUUGAAAAGCAGUGCUUGAGAGGUGAUUUUCUGUGCGGGGCAAUUUAUGAUGUGUCUCUAGAGGUAGAGAAGUAUCAGCAACAAAAUUAGUGCCCCACAUAAAUUGGUGACCAAGCAAAAGCAACAAAAAAAUAAAACAAAAACUUUAAGUCCGUGAUACUGAAGCAGAUGUGAAACUACUAUUGGAUACACGCACGGAGCAAAAAUCAGAUGUAUCGCUAUGUAGUUGCAUUUUGAAACAUAGAUCCGUUACAAACGUUCGCGUUAACAAACAGGCAAAAAAUAAGAGUGAUCAGUGAAGUGUUGAAAACUUCUCACGCCGUUGGAACAAUGAAUCUUCGGUGCCAGUUACGGCUCUGAAAUGCCGAGAAGUGCGAUGACUGAAGAAAAACUUCGUCGGUUUCGAACACCAUUUUAAAGCAGAAAAUGACGAAAUUCAAACGAACGACGAAAAGUGAAACUUGUGCAGCACAAUGUUAGCAGUAGAUUGUCUGGUCGGUGGAUUACUACUCAGUUCGAUUGGUGUGAAUAUCCUAGCACUUGGUGCUUUCUGGGUCACUCCAAGCCUUCGGACAACAGCCAAUCGGUUCGUGAUUAACUUGCUGAUUGUGAACUUGGUAUGUUGUAUAAUUCUUGGCCCAUCGCUACUGCUGAAUGCAUUUACAUCGAAAUCAGCGCCGGUUUCACCGUCGACGGUGGUGGUACUGGCCGCGACCACCGUGUCGACCUCUGUUACAACUGCAACGGCGUCGACCUCCAGAAAUGGAAGCAUUGCUACAGCAGUGGCUGGAAUUCCACCAGCGAUAUUAGUGAAUACGACGGCUAGUGAAGACGAUAGUGUACAUAACCGGACCGGUAGAAUAGUUAAGUGCCGAAACGCCACCAUUAUUGAAUGUGAUACUAUAUUGAUAAGCAUUAAUGUAAAUAAAGGAGAUGAUGAAGAAGACGAAGAAGGGCAUACAGUGGAUUCGAGUCAUGGUAAAGUGAUCGAUACAAAACUGACGCUGACGAAAAUCAGAUGCUGGGGGCUCGAUUUGGUUGUUGCCCUCGGUGCUCUUUCGGUGCUACUGGUGGUAGGCGAUACUUGGUGUGCUGUUACCGAUCCGUUGCGGUACCAUUCCCGAAUCUCAGAGCUUAAAGCUUGGGCAUUUAUCGCAGCCACUUGGCUGCUUGGAAUCGCCUUCGGAAUCGCUUCCGGUUUUCGAGGUGACCAGAAAAACAUUACUUUGUUUAACAAUCGACUAACGAGUGCGGGAGCGGCGGCCGAUUUUGAAGCUAGUCAUUUGAAUAGGAAUAUAACGGGCUCUGAUCAGCGCGACGGCAGCCAGUUGAAUCCUCUCAACAUUUCGGAGGAUUUGUACAAUACCAUAUUCUCAUACACGUACUUUGUGAUUGUCAUUUUGCUGCCGUUUGCCCUCGUGUGCGGAAUGUAUUGGCGAAUAUUUUCGGAAGCUCGGGAAAGCGGUCAACGAAUGCGACAAAAUGGUUCAUCGCCAUUACUUCAGAGUGCAUUGAAUCUAGCGGCCAUUUCGGCACAAAAACAAGCCGAAAAGCAAGCUGAACAACAACGCCAGCAGCUCGACCACCGUGAAGGGUGUGACAUGCUGACAAUGAAAAUCGACAAACAGAUUCAUUAUGAAGGUGAAACUAUAACUGUGAAUAGUAUUCAACACAACAGUAGUACUAAAUUGAAGGAUUCCUGUUUAAAGCCCUUAUUGCAACAGUCACCAACGCCGACACCCACUCACAAACCUGUACAACAGCCCUUGGAAGACAAACCAACAAUAGUACAAAUGACACGCAGUUCUACGGCUACGUCCUUUUCGGCACCAACUAAUAAGCCUAAAGCGUCAUUGAAACCGGACCGAAACCAUAACAUUAUGUUGGCAGCUCCAGAAAUUGAUGGUUUGAUGUACAACAAAGAAAAACCUGGGAAAAUUCGUCGCAAUCACAGUGCUGGACGGUUGGUCAGCUUCAGUGACCAAUAUCAGGACGUUCGUGUAGGUUUGAGACAAGUUCACUCGACGCCUAAUUUUCAAAGGUUAGCAUCGUCUGAGUUCGAUCACAUCGGUAAUCAUCACAUACUGUCCCUACCAGCUGUGCACGUCCCUCCCAAGGCAUUGAGCUACAUGACAUCCAUCAGACAUCGGCUGUCGAAUGCUUCUUCACUCUUUAAAUACCGCGAAGAGUCACGCGCAGCUAGAAUCAGCAUCCUGGUGAUAAUUAUGUUUCUCGUUUCAUACCUACCAUAUGGUAUACUGGUGCUAAUGCAGGGUCAUGUUGAUCUUUUCCUGGUAUCCGAUCAAGCCCUGUUGGCAAUUUUAACCGUGGUAAUUGCCAAUCUGAGCUCCCCUUUCAUUUUCGCCUACCGAAACAAGCGAGUACGACGAGGAGUGCGACGUUUGCUCCGCAUUGAUAAGAAAACUAACGAGCGUCUGCUGAAACUUACCACUAGUAAUACUCACUUCAACAAUAACAACAACAACAACUACAAUACCAACAUCAGCUUUCACAACGCAAUCAACGGGGGCGACGGAAGUGCUUCCAAUGGUCACAUUGUGGCCUCCCACCAGAAGUCCCACAAGGUGCGUAUCGCUGGACUUUCGCGAAGCAACAGUUCGUGCAAGUAUCUUACCCCGAACCACGCGGCAGCGGUGGCCGUCGCCAACGGGUUCAUCGUCGAGUUCGAGCGGUACCCCUCGGAUGAGCUCAACAGUCUAUGCAUCCAGAAGAAAUCGAUCCUGAAACGAGUCUGUGAUAGUUCGCGCAAAUGGGGCUGCAAUUUUGCCACCAAUUCCUGUACCAGCAGCGACGAACAAACGGAAGUGUAGCUAUGAGCUGUGCGUGUGUGUGCGUGUUCCCCCUUUAUUUCUUAACGCGAAUCUGCUCCGUGCACCGGAAUGGGCUGGUUUAGUGCAGAUCUGCCGUUGAGAUAGUUUCACUUAAAUCAAUUAGCAUUUGUGUCAUUUAAAUUGAUUAAGAGAUCUUUUGACUUUAACGUAAUUUGUGAAGCUCAUUGCCACGAACUGUCUCGUAUUUGUUACGAUCUCUCGAAAAUGGAACGUUCUACUUGUUAGAGAAGCAUUUGCUAAGGGAAUUUUAAUUCCUUUCCCACCGAUUCCUUCCACCAGAUCUACGAGAACGCUUGGAACUUGAUGAGCAUGACUGUUCUCCACAGCAAGUAGAAUUUCAUACCUUCACAAACUGGACGUCGAUUGUACGCUCGACCGGACUAGAGAAAAGGCGCGAUAAAAUCUUUCCCAUUUAGGACUGAAUAAAUCGCCCGAAAUAAAAAUAAAUUCUCUCGAGCUUGUUUGUGGGAACCAUCUGGCGAUCAAGACAGGCAAAUUUAUGUGCUAACUGAUUGCGCUGACCGUUGCUAUGAUUAGCGGGUGCUCUCCAGGCGAAACGCCUUGACGCAUAUGGCCACGUGUGCCACAUUUGUUUGUGAAUCGAAUACCUAUCUUCGUUUGGUCUUGUUUUUCAAUUCAAACAAAACCUGCGUGAACGAACUGCACUCUUCGAAGGAGUGACAAAGCGUUACCAUGUGUUGUAUUUUAUUGUUUCGGUUUACAUUGCAGCUCUGCCUUAUAACUACGAUAGUACCGGUUAUGCUAAUAGGAAGAGGCGGCAUACUGAAACAAGUACUACGGGACGGUUGAUCUCGUUGCAGGUUAUUUUUCCUUUUGUCGAGCUUGCAUAUUUUCCUUUGCUGCACGUACUCGUAGAUAUACAUGCAACCGGGGUUGGCUAAAAAUAAAAUUCUAGACUGAAGAAAAAUGCAACCUUGCGCAAAAGGCAGAAGAAUGCCGGCCAAAUUUCUAGUAGCGAAGCCCGAGAGAGAGCAGUGGAAUUCACCUCCAGGGCCUGGUUACUGUUUGAAGCGGUUUUCCGCUCGUAGGAAACUUCUCUAGAGGCACCGAGAAAUGAAGCAGUAAAAGCUUGGCACAGUUCAAAUCGUUCAGAUUUUUGCUUCGCUGCGGCAAAACUUCGCAUAGCGGCAGACAUUACUAGACAACUAAAAUUCAUUUUACUUGACGGUGGGCGAAUUAUUAAAAUUUCUCGCAAGUGCGCUGUUUCGAGAUCCUUACGCUGUCAUACAACCUGUCGGUUUGUCACUCUACGUUGGAGUGCCUUUGUCAGUAAUAUUCAUGUAAACGUUCUCAGGAACCAUGAUGCUGUUUGUUACUACGUUUACCGUAUUCUACGUUGUAGAAGCAUCCAACAUCCAAGAUUUUUUUCAAAUUCAACAAAAAUUUAGUUAAACAUACGUCAGAGCCUUCGGUCUCAACUCCAAAUUAUGUAACGAGAAAGAAUCGAAACGGUUGGUCAAUGACCCCUUGGUAAAUCAACUCCAAUGCCUACCGUAUACUAAAGGCCUUAACAGCUGUUCAGGGAAUUCCACACCAGCACUAUUUCUUACAAACCUUGGCAGACCAAACACGGAUAGUGUAAGCGGAUUCUUCGAAUCGGCAAACCGCUCACGUUCGGUGAGCGUUGCAAAGAUAAAACCCACCGUUAGACGCCUUCGCGCAAACUGGUUUCAGCAUGAUCUUUCACGGUCGCCAACAUUCAUGCGGCCUCUUGGAGUGUGUGUUUUUUUUCCACUCACAGAAUAUAAGGAUUUACGCGAUUAUUGCAUAAUUCAUUUCGUUAUGUUAAAGAGCGAGUAUAUUCUUAUCAAUAGAUAACUCUAAUCGCAUUGACAGUAAUUCAAGCUCAACGGCAAGAUCUGCAUUCAACUGCUACCCCAGAAAAAAUCCGUAGAACGCGUAAAUUUUCUGCUUGGCCUAGGUGGCCACUUCAGUGUAGUUUCUAGUUGCCAAAAUUAAUCGUUCACACUGACCGUUCAAUUAAAUACGAUACGAAUAACAGCAAGAAAAAAUUUACUCUGCUAAGGGCCUAUAAGGUAAACAAUAAAUGUUAGUGAUAGAAAUUUAAAAUUGAAACAAAAACAAACUCUGAAAGCACAUUUCCUAGAAACGCGCUAAACUGUCUGAAAAGCUUUAACACUAUCAUGUUUCGAGAAACUGACUGACCAGUUCACUAUGGAAGUAAUAUAUUUUUAAUGCCUAGCUUUAGUCCGAAUGAUGUGUGAACACUUUAAAAAGUAAACAUGUUAGAGAUGGUGCUUGAAUGUUGGCAUUUAGAUUUAGCUUCAGAUACACUGGAACAAAACUAACUGAAUGUAGAUUCAAACAAAAACUAGAAAGUAUUCAUCAAAAAUCGGUGUAUUUAUCUACAACAAAGUAAAUAUUUACAAUUAAAUCAAGUAAAACAAUAAAAACUAACUAUAGGACAACGCAGGGUCUUUGAGUAAGUACUACUUCAGUGCAGUAUACGGCAUGAUAAAAUGGAAUCAAUGGAAGCCGGAUCAACUAAACAAACAAAAGAUCACAUUAGACUAUUAUAGCAACCUAAUUAUGUCAAACAUACGUUUCCUAGAAACGCACAGGCAAAACUGGACGAACAGCUUCGGAUAACAUGAAAUACAAAUGCCAUAGAAUCACCAAUUAGUGAGUUUGGGAUCCAUGUUCAAAACUAGCAAGUAUAAGUCAGUAGAAAAAAAAUCAAAUAACAGUUGAAAGUCAACUCACUGAAUGACAAGGAACUAACCGAACGCAAACGUGGUGCCAUUUGCAAGGGGUAUUUCUCCUGAAAUAAAAUUGACAUUUUUUUCCUGAAGCCACUGUUAUCCAAAGGGUUUGCAGCCAUUUGCCAUUACCGAAACACGUCUCUCUAGUAGAAAAAGAAUAUACACUAUCUCAUAACCACUGUAAAUAGCGAACAUAAUCCCCGACAAAUCCCGAUUUAAUUUAUUAUUUUAUUACUUUAAGAACAAGUUUCCUAGGUUAUAUAACAUUAUGUCUAUUCGAAAUCGUAAUAUAGUUUCCACACACAGAAAAAAACACUUUUAUGAAGCAUAAACAAUGACACUUUUAUCCGUAAACAAAUGGAACAUUACAAACUUGAAUGGAAUGAAAAGGAAACUUAAGGCAAGUUGAGUAGUUUUAUGCUCGCAAACUAAUUUACCGAAAUUCAAAUAAAGAAAUCAAGCAAAUUUAUUCAUGUGUACCGUGCAAA